AUGGUGGCAGCCCCACGGUCUCGAGCUGUAUACAGCCUGACAGAUGUGACCCCAGCUCGGACGAUUUGGGUAUACCGUAACGGUGAUCCCUUCUUCUUGGGGAGGAGGUUUGUGAUCAACCAUAGAUAUAUUCCCACCUUUGAAGCCUUUAUGAUACAGCUAAAUGAAGGUGUGGCAACACUUUUCGGCGUGAGGAAUGUGUACACACCCCGAGAAGGGCAUUCUGUUAAAGACCUGACUGACUUGCACUCAGGAGGCAAGUAUGUGGCUGCUGGAAGGGAAAAGUUUAAGAAACUGAAUUACUUUGGUAUAGGGGCAAAAAAACCUCAAAGAAAGAAGAAGGAUGAGGUGAUCCGACCAGUAGUCCACAGUAAUAUACAAGUACCUUCCAGAUGGCAGUCGUUCUAUAAUAAGCCACAAAUUCUUAACGUUUUCACAAAUGGAGAUACGUUGAUAGCACCUGUAAAAAUUCUUAUACCCAGGUUUACUCUGACAAAGUGGGAUCGUGUCCUUGGAGUAAUAAAUGAAAAAGUACUGCUUCGCUCUGGAGGUAUUCAUAGGCUGUAUACCUUACAUGGCCAACUUGUACAUGGACCAGAGGAGUUAGAAGAUAAUCAGUUUUAUGUUGCAUGUAGUAAAGAGAGAUUUCAGUCUUUGCCCUACUGGCAGCAUCCUAAAGUUCCAGGGAGUAUUCGGCGGUAA